CUACUUGAAAGAGUGAUUAAAAAAUUUGUUGGAGGAAUGGAGAAAUGGAGAAUAAAUACAAUACAAGAAUUAUUCAUGUCCGUGUGUCACCACCAUGAAUAUAUCGGAAAUAUUGUUGGCAUUUUGUAGAAAGAAUGUAGAUUAAUUAAUAUUGAAAAUUGUUACUAGAAAGAGAAGUUGUUUAAAUUUACAAUAAAUCCUAAUUUGGUAAAUACAGAGUUGCUGUGUAAUUUCCGAAGAAAGCAGUUGCAGUGUUAAAGGCUAAACCCUCUUGGCUUCGCCUUCUGUUCCAUUCUUUACUUUGCUUGCUUCCUCUUCUGCUCUUUCAGGGGUUUUUCGUUUUCUAGGGUUUGCUUGUGCCUCUCUCAAACAUCACUUCACUCACUCUCCUUCUACUGUUCCUGCCAACUCUAUACAUUUUCAAGUCUUGAUGGAAAUAACAAAUUGAUCGAUUACAUUAUUUCCAUUUCUCAUAAAUUGUUUCUUUUUCAUAUUUGAGGUGGCGUGCCCUUGCUAUUUGGAGGGGGGGAAAUUUGGAGUUUCUAGUUAACUUAAGCAUGAUAAAACGUUCACCAAGUAGGAACCAAAGAUCCAGAGGCAUCAAGGUAAAACAUGUUCUGCAGAUUACUCUAUUGCUUGGUGUUUGUUUCUGGUUGAUCUAUCAGGUUAAGCACUCUCAUGAUAAGAAAAAGGAAUUUGAUGAGAAUGACACAGAAGUGUCAGUCGGAACUCAGACUUCGAAACUUGGAAGAAAAGAUCUUCGUCUGGGUAAGGAUGAAGUGAAUCAAAAUGAAAAGCCUGAUGAAGAGGAGGAAGAUGAGAAUGUUGUAGAGGAUGAUGAGGAUAAGCAUGAACACAGUGAACAUGAAGGAGGAAAUGAGCACGAAUCUGUGGAAAAAGAUGACAAACAUGGAGUGAGAGGAGGGGGAGAUGAACAAGAGGUAGAUGAAAGGGGGGGAGGAGAUGAUGAGAUAGAUGAAAAUGAUCAAGAACAAUCAGCAGUAGAUACUGAUCAUGAUGAGGAGUUCAUGGAUGAAGACAAAGGGAGAGAAGAGGAGAGCGAUGAGAAAGACAAAGAGAACAUCAAGGAUGAGGAAAAGGAUGGUUCAGUUACCAACCACAACAGUCAUGAAGCUCGGGAGGAAAAUUACAAUGGGGAUGAUGCUUCUAGCGCUGUGUCUCAUGAUACUGGUACAAUUAGCACCGAAACUGAGGCACUCAGUUUAGAAAACUCUGAUGUAAACUUGGAAAUGAAUAUCACGAAAUCAGUGAAUAGAAGUAAUUAUUCCAAGGAAAGUAACAAGAACCAACAUAGUUCAAAUUUUAAUAUUACAGAAGCUGUACUGCCUGGUGAGCCUUCUUCCAAUGCAACUUCUGGUAAAGAAACUGGAAGCAACGGUUUGUCCAACAUUGUGGAUAGCUCACAUCUAGAAAAUAUUACCACAACAUUUUCGGGCAGUCAUUCAGAAGCUGGCAGUAAUCUGACAGUAGUGAUCCCUGGAGGUAGCAAUAACUGGACAGGAACCAGUGCCAAUAAUUCAUCUGAACCUAAUAAAAUGGUAAUGUUUUCGGAAUCAAACCAAGCUCAAAAUGGUACUGUGAACACAACACUCACUGGAGAUGUCAAAAAUGUGCAGACAGAAGGAUUAGAGCAGGGUGGCAAUAUGCUCUCUGAGGAAAACCUGCUAGGUUUAAACCUAACAGUCCCAGCUGAAACAGAAAAGCGAGAUGUAGCUGCAGGUGAAUCUUCUAAUCUAGAGGGUGGUGAGUUAGAGAAGACAAGAAGAUUUGUAGCACCAAAAGAAACCGAGAACAGCGGCAACACUGAGUCGAGUGAAACAAACAAGACUCAGAAUAUUUCAUAUAUGAAUGAAAACAUUGAUGCCACUAAGGAUGAGAUAAAGGGUGACCCGGCAACGGAUGAAACUUCCGACUCAGUUGAACACCGUGACUUUGAUUCUUUAGAUUCCCACAUCCUUAAGAAUGUGGCAGAGGUACGAACUGAUCUGGAUACGUUGCCAGAUAUUAGGAAUGAAGGGGAUAAUGGUGAUGCAACUGCAACAGACUAAAAACAUGGUCUUUUUGUUCUCGAGGUUUUUCUUCUGACCCAAGUUAUUUGAAAACUUUUGCCUGUCAAAAAAAGGAAAAAAAAAAAAAGGUCUAGCUGAGAUCGUCAAAGGUACAAAGUAGACUUGUUGAUAUUCAUAUCAAGAUCUGAAUAUGUAUAACUAAUUUUGUUUUCCACUGUCUA